CAAUCGAUUGACUAGUGUUGUGAACAACUACCCCUUUUACCAACCAAAAAUGGCAUUCAAGUUCCUGACGUUCUGCGCCCUGGUGGCCGUUGCCAGUGCCGGAGUCAUCGCUCCAGUUGCCUACUCGGCUCCUCUGGCCUAUGCCCAUGGUCCAGCUGCUCCCGUUCUGCACAAGACCAUCGUGUCCGAUGAGUAUGACCCAAACCCACAGUACUCCUUCAGCUACGGAGUCUCCGAUGGCCUGACCGGUGACCACAAGUCCCAGCAGGAAUCCCGUCAAGGAGAUGUCGUCCAGGGAUCCUACUCCCUUGUUGAUGCCGAUGGUUUCAAGCGCACUGUCGAAUACACUGCCGACCCCGUUCAUGGAUUCAACGCCGUCGUCCACCGUGAGCCACUUGCCGUCAAGACUGUUGCUCCAGUCACCAAGGUCAUCGCUGCCGCCCCGGUUGCCUACGCCGCCCCGGUCACCAAGUACAUCGCUCAGCCAGCCAUCUAUGCUGCCCCAGCCCUGACCAAGACCGUCGUGGCCCACCAGCCAGCCUUCGGAGCCUAUGCCUACCAUCACUAAGUCAAUCGAAAACAACUGUCACCACUUUACCUGAUGCUUUCCUGUACAUAACGUGUGUAAAUUAUUCUCCGUGUAAAAGAUGAUAUAAACCAAAACAAAGAA